AUUGACUGUUAGCGUAUCGUUUUGUCAAUUUCAAUUGUCAAAAAAUAGUGGGCUAUAGUGGUGAUGGUUCGAUAAAAUAAUAAUACGGAAAAAUGUUUAUUUUCAAGUGUUUUUAAAAAAAAUUAGAUGGACAGUACCGUGGAAGAAGGUGAGAAGAUGAAGGCGAAGUCGUCUAAGCGAAUGGUGGGAAUGAUUAUAAGAUCUAGAAAAUCAAUUGCGAAGGAUGCCGUUGUGACGACUUCCGGAAUUGGUCAACCUAGCUUGUACCAUGCUUUGGUGGUUAUUUUCCUGGAGUUUUUCGCCUGGGGUCUCUUGACUAUGCCCCUCAUAUCAGUAUUAAAUGACACAUUUCCAGACCACACAUUCCUCAUGAACGGCCUGAUAAUGGGCAUUAAAGGCAUACUUUCAUUUUUAAGCGCUCCUUUAGUGGGAGCAUUAUCAGAUGUAUGUGGUCGCAAGUUAUUUUUGCUCAUCACAGUGUUUUUUACGUGUAUACCUAUACCUUUAAUGACUAUUAAUACUUUUUGGUUUUUUGCCAUGGUCAGUAUUUCCGGUGUAUUUGCAGUGACUUUUAGUGUUGUGUUUGCUUACGUGGCGGAUGUAACCGACGAAAGAGAACGCUCAUUAGCUUAUGGCUUAGUUAGUGGUACAUUUGCUGCCAGUAUGGUCAUUUCGCCGGCUUUAGGCGCCUAUUUAAUGGAAAGGUGGUCUGUUUCACUGGUUGUUGCACUUGCUACAGCAGUAGCCAUUUUAGAUGUAUUCUUCAUUCUCGUAGCAGUUCCAGAAAGUUUGCCAGAAAAGGUUCGAGUUUCACCUAUCAGUUGGGAGCAAGCAGAUCCAUUUUCAGCUUUAAGGAAUGUAGGACAAGAUCCUACAAUUCUGUUACUGUGUAUCGCCGUGUUUCUGUCCUAUUUACCGGAAGCGGGACAAUAUAGUUGUAUUUUCAUGUACCUCAAAUUGGUGAUGGGCUGGAGCGACCCGAUGGUAGCUGUGUUCGUAGGAUUAGUGGGUCUUAUGGCUGUUUUAGCUCAAAUUAGUUUAGGUAUUUUAAUAAAAAAUUUGGGAUCAAAACACACUAUCAUGUUGGGAUUAUUAUUCGAAAUGCUCCAACUACUUUGGUAUGGUUUCGGUACUACAACAUGGAUGAUGUGGGGCGCUGGUAUAUUGGCUUCGAUGAGUUCUAUAACGUAUCCUGCCAUAUCUGCAUUUGUGUCUGUUCAUAGUACACCAGAUCGCCAAGGAGUUGUUCAAGGUAUGGUUACUGGUAUGAGAGGCUUGUGUAAUGGAUUGGGUCCAGCAAUGUUUGGAGUUGUUUUUUAUAUGUUUCACGUUGAUCUAAAUGGAAAUACUAAUAAUUCAGAUACCACCCACUCCACUUCUGCUUUUGAAACAUAUUCGCAGCUUGUUCCUGGUCCACCAUUUGUCUUUGGAGCUUUUCUAGUCAUAUGCGCUCUGUUUGUUGCUUCAUUCAUUCCUACCAAAGCGCACGUUGAUUCGGGUAUCCCAUUGGACACUCACUACGAAAUCGAACGUGGUCAAAAAGUUGCUGGUACACUCAGCCCUCUUAUACCCAGCAGGAGCAUAGAUGCAGCAAUAUUAUAAAUGUUAGGAUGUGUAUUCUUUAGAAAAAAAUAAAGUGACAAUUUAAGGAGAUGGAAGUGCACUUAACUAAAACUGCAGAGAUCCCAGAUCGACAUAUAUUUUGAAUAAUUGUAAAUAAAAGUAUGAACGGGUGAUAAAUAAGAUCUCUAAAAUGCUUUUAGAUAAGUGUACCCUGAUUUGUUAAUUCAUGGUUGUUGACAGAGUAUUUUAUUUUUUUGAUGUUUUGGAUAUUUUGUUCAUUACGUUUUAAGUACAUAGUUAAGCUUAAUUCAUUUGAUAUUCAACUACUGAUUCUGAAAAUUAACAAAUUCUUAUCGCCUUACUACAAUAAGACAAAAAUAAAAACUCUUCAAUUUA